GUGCGGUCCAACUUGUGGGCGGGGAUUGAGCGCCUACGUCACCAACGGACCAAUAGAAAAGGGUCCCGGGGGGAAAUUCAAACUGUAGAAGUGAAAUUGAGGUCCGGUGGCGGGUGAGGGCGGUGGUGGCUUCAUUGGGAGAGAUGGCUGAGGAAGGCGGCGUCACGGUCUGCGUGCGGGUGCGCCCGCUUAUUGCGAGGUGAGUUUCUGAGUGGGGGAAAAUGGAAGUGCACAAUAAUUCCCCCACAUCUUGCUCCGCGUUUACUCCGAAGUAACCCCUCCCUGGUGUUUCUAAGGGGUCUACUUCGAAGUAAGCACGCGUGGAGAGGUGCGCGGCCUUAACAGCCUGGCUAAACAUGCAUGCGAAGGAAGCCUUACUCUUCAAUAGGGCGCACAUCAUUUUCCUGCGACUGUCCUCUGUUUCUAUUUCUAUUUGCUUUUAUUUUCUUCUCCCCCCACUUAAAAAAAUUAAAAAUUAAAAUGCGCGUGGGUUAAAAGGAAAAUAAUAAUAAUAAUAAUAAUAUCUUUAUUGUCAUUAUUAAAUCUGGGUUUUUUAAUUGCUGUAACCCCGGCUUGGUGGUGAAGGGCGGGUAAUACAUUUGCUGUUGAAAAUAAUCAUGAAAGGCCUUCCAACCCUGCUUCCCCCCUCUCCUUAAAUUUUAUUAUUUAUACCCCGCCCAUCUGGCUGUGGUUAGAGCAGUGGUUCCCGACCUUUGUCUCACCAUGCCCCACCUAAGCAUCUCUAAAAUCCUGAUGCCCCCCUCCCCCAUGACAUAUAAUUCUUAUUACUCAAAAAGUGAGCUCCUAUUCACGUGGAGGAAGCCUAAAAGGGCAUUGACUGUUGAUAACUCAUUCUCAAAUUGUCCCCCUGUGGGGUGUGUGCACCACGUUGGGAACCAUCGGACUAGGAGCUGGGAGACCAGGGUUCAAAUCCUCGCUCGGCCAUGUAGCUUGCUUGGGCCAGUCACUUGACUGACAGCCUAACCUACCUUGCAGGGCCAUUGUGGGGUUUAAGUGAGGAAGGGGGCCACUUUAGCUCCUUGCAGAGGGUGGCAUAUAAGUUAAGUAAAUAAGUAAGCUAAGCUACUUGCAGCCAUUCUCUUUCUAGGCCCCAGUUACCUUUGGGUGGCUGACAUGAGGUGGACAGAAAGCCUCCUUUGUUCUCCAUCUAAAGUCAAGAACCUUCAGCCACUACUGAGAAUGCCUGGUUCCCUCUUUGAGGGGGCUAUGGCUUUAUCUGUGAGGCUAAUGGCAUCGUCAGCAUCUUAGAGUGAGCCGUAUUUCCAUAGCGGCCACUAAGGUGAUGCUGCUCUCCAGGAAAUGGUAGCCAUUUCCCCACCACCUUCACUUGGUUGGAGGCAACAUCAUCUUGUAAGUAGAACAACAAUAUCCAGAAGAACAGUAGGCAAACUAUAGCUAGAGUUGGUGUGUUGAGUUUUGGAGUGGGCUUGAGGAUGGCUUGACAUGCUCCAUGCGCUAAAUCCCAAAGCUCUGGCAGCAGGUGGGAGGGAGCAGCCCUAGAGAUUUAUGGAGAAGCAAGAUCUGCCAGGGUGUUAAUGCUGUGAGCCCAUCCUAUGCUCGGGUUGUAUAUACAAGUAUGUGUCAAUAAAACCAUAUCCUAAAAAUGCUAUCUGCUAUCUGUAGGCGUGUAUAGGGUUGUGCUGUAAAUCUGAGGUGCACUUGUUUUAUAAUCUUCAGAAAGUGAAUAUUAUGUCUAAAAUGCUCCAGAAGGGUAUGGGUAUACUCUAGAGCAGGCAUACUUUAAAGGCAUUUAUUCAAACAGGAACUGGAUUUUAAAAGUUGUUCUCAGAGGGACAAAGCAAACACUCACAUGUGCUUCAUUCCUAGGACUGGUUCCACCACCCUUAAAUUUGGAUACAAAUAAGUGCUUACAAUGUGCUUUGCACAUGCUCUGCACAGCAAGGUAUUCAAUAUAACUUGCACAUUGUCAUAAUGUUAAGUCAACAGCUGCAAACAUCUCUAGAUUUUUUUUUUAUUUUUAAAAUUUCUAUAGCGCUUUAUAUUUUUAAGAAAUAUCACACAGCGGUUUACAGCAUAUUUAAUCAAUAAAACAUAAAACAAUCUGAAGAAAGUCAAAUAUAGAGUAUACAGUCAAAGCAACAGAACAGAACACUAAAAUAUGAUCUUAAAGAUUUCAAAAUAAAACAUUACAAAGGGGGCAAACUACAGAAUACAUAUUUAACAUAGUAGGGCUGGUGAGUGUGGGUCCCGCCCCCUAGGCCAGGUGGAAAGGGCCUUGCAGGGAGCAACGUUCAUACUCACAGCCGAGCGAUGUUCCUUCAGCUUCAUGAGAAGCCUCUUCAGUAGGGCUGGUGAGUGUGGGCCCCUGAGAUAGUCUCAGGACCAGACAAUUAGAAGAUCAGUGUGGGUCUAAGUAUUUCUUUAACAUCAUCAAUUUCUCUAUACUCUGGAAUCUCUAACAGUGUUUUGUUCCUUAAGAGAGAAUGCAGACCAUGAAGAGAAACAGAACAUUUUGUGGAAAACUGAGGAAUGCACCAUAUCUCAGGUUGAUGGGACAAAAUCUUUCACCUUUGGUAAGCACUCGAUAAGCACUGAAAUACUUUGUAAACUUCUCUGAGGGUUUGUUUGUUUACAAUCAAGUGCAGUAUAAAUUUUAUUAAAUUUUAUUAUAUUGGUAUACCAUAAAAACAUGCAAACAACUUUUUUGAAAGCAGCCAGGUGUGCUUCUACCAGUCUAACUUACAAGUUGGCAAUCUGACAAAUCUUGAAGAUGGAGUUUGAUUUCUGUGAACUGAACCUUUUUCUUUUUCUUUCUUUUUGAAGAUCGGGUGUUUCAUUCUUCAGAAAAUACCACAGAAGUCUACGAAGGGGUGGCUGCUUCAAUUAUAAAGUCUGCUGUUCAGGGAUAUAAUGGUACCUUGAAGAUCAACACAUUUGAAUGCUUGCACUGUAUUUGGGUAGUGGUGUGAGCUAACCAUUGCUUUUCCUUUUAGGAACUAUUUUUGCCUAUGGCCAAACUGCUUCGGGGAAAACUUACACAAUGUUGGGCACCAAAGAUUGCCCAGGAAUCAUACCGAUGGCCAUCAAUGAUGUUUUCAAUAGCAUCUGUGGAGUAAGUUUUUCUACUAGAUGAACUUUGUUUCAGAUACCACAUUAGUGCUGCAAAGCUGCAUAUUGAACCUGCUUUGAUGAUUUCUUAGCUCCACUUAGGAGAAAAGGCUGUGCAGCCCCUAUAUAGCAGUUUCCAUUUCCCACAUAAUAAUCUUGUUGACCAAUAAGUAUUGUGAGUGGAACCAAUACAGUAAUACCUCCGCGAACGUCUGCUUUGUCUAGCGUCCAUUCCGGCGAAUGUCCGCGGCAAACCCUGAAGUACCGGAACAGGUUACUUCUGGCUUUGCUGCUCGCACAUGUCCAGAAGCGCAAACGGCUCCGCACGCGUGCGCAGACGCGGCGCUUUGCCCUGCGUCCUUUUCAGCUAGCGGCUGGGGCUCUGGAACGGAUCCCGGCCGCAAAAUGAGGUACGACUGUAUAGAGAUCAGGAAUGGGAAACUGUUGUUCUUCAGAAGUUGUUGGAGUCUGAUCCCAUCACAUCCAUCAGCUAUGCUAGCUGGGGCUGAUAGGAGCUGCAGUGCAGCAUCAUUUGGAGGUCCAUAGUUCCCCAUCUGUAGUAUCGUUCAUAAGGCAGGUGGGAAUGUUUUAGUGAUGGCAUUGGAUGGGGUGGAGGGGGCAGGGAGCCAUGUUACAUUAGUUCUCUACAAUUAGGGAUGCUGAUGCAUGCAUGCUCUUUACUCUUUUAGAAUCCUGACAGGGAGUUCCUACUCCGUGUAUCAUAUAUGGAAAUCCACAAUGAUAGAGUUCAGGACCUACUGUGCAGCAACAUAAAAAAAAAGAAACCCUUGGUUGUUCGUGAAGACAUCAGUGUAAGUAACCACCGCUACCUUUCCAAGUGACAGUGCCAAAGCUCCCACAUGGCCUUGUAACAGGGAAAGUAAAAUUCUGGAAGUCAGCAUGUUGUUGACAGUUGCCUACUUGGACUCUGCCCAUUUUGCUUCUGCAUUGAUUAAAAUCUAUUUUUCUAUCUAUUUUUCUUAAAGUUGACCUAAAGUUAGCUAACUGCCUAAAAGCUUUGCAUUGCCUAUAUACAAAGAGGUAACACCUAGAAUCAAUACUGUGUCAUGUUAUGUGAUUUUAUUUUAUUUUAAUUUUAUUUUUAAAAAUCUCUUGUAGAGGCAUAUCUUUGUUGAAGAUCUGAGUGAAGAGGUGGUGGUUUCUCCAGAGCAAGUUGUGAGCUGGCUGCAGAAAGGAGAAAGUAAGACUUAAUAUCUGGUGUGACUUAAACACAUACAGAGCUUCCUGUGCAGCUCUGAUACAGUGGUACCCUGGUUUACGAACUUAAUCCGUUCCAGAAGUCCAUUCCAAAACCAAAGCAUUCCAAAACCAAGGCGCACCUUCCUAUAGAAAGUAAUGCAAAAUGGAUUAAUCCGUUCCAGACUUUUAAAAACAAUCAGUAGCUGAACUGGGAUCCACACAGAUCCCCCGCCCCGCUGCUGCGGGAAAUGUUCCCUAGAGUGCGCACCUCCCACAGCGGCAUGGAGGGGGAGUUGUGCACGCCCCAGCCAGAUGGCUGGCAGGUGCACAGCUUCUGUCCCUGGUGGCUGCAGAAAAUGCUGUGACAACCCCUUCUCUGCUGCCGGACAACGGAAGUGUGGCACUCAAAACGGAAGUGCACCCCCGAACGGAGUACGUUCGUAUACCAAAAAUACGCAACCCGGAACACUCAUUUUCGGGUUUGAAGUGUUCAUAAUCCAAAAAGUUUAACUAGGCUGUUCAUAACCCGAGGUACCACUGUACUUCUAAAUCCAUCAACUUUAUUGUGUUUUGUUCUGAAUAGAAAACAGACACUAUGGUGAGACCAAUAUGAAUGACAGAAGUAGCCGCUCACAUGCAAUCUUCCGUAUGGUAAGUGAUCCUGAAUUUUUAUUUUACUGAUUUCUUUUAGUUCAGAGAUUGGAAACCUCUGGCCCUCUUUGAUGUUCCCGGACUCCAAAGUCCCACCAGUCCUGACCAUUGGCCAUACUGAUGGGAGAUGGAGUCCAACAACAUCCAGAGAGCACCAGGUUCCCUAUUCCUGGUUAGUACCUGGCACUGAUGUCUGGCAGGAUAUGAGAGGGAGAUAUUUGUUGUUGUUGUUAUAAUACAGCUCUACCACUGGGCGAUUUACAAUAUAAAAACACAAAAAUAUAUGCCAUAAUAAUAAACAAAAACAAUAAAACACAUAGUUUAAAAGGCCAUUGAUAGUUUAAUUAACCAAAGGCCUAGGAGAAGAGGAAUAUUUUUGCCUGGCACCUAAAAUAUAUAACAAAAGCACCAGGCAUGCCUCCCUGAGGAGAGCAUUCCACAAGAUAUGCCAGUUCUAGGUUCUGUUGGUUGAGGUUAGGUGUGCUACAGUAUAUAGACCCACAUGUCACAAACUGGUAUUCGUGGUGGAUAUUUUUGUUGGUCUAUAAUCUGUGAUGUGAUAGUAAAACAAGUUCACAACCUUGCUUGCUUUUUUUAAAGAUAAUUGAAAGCAAAGAGAAGACUGAUAGUUCAAGCUAUGACGGCGCUGUAAUGGUAUCACACUUGGUGAGUUCUUUGAAAGAGAGAACUGAGGUUUGUAAAUGGGUUGGUAGAAAAAACUAUUGAAGGAUGCUGCAGCUUGUGUGCAUUACAGGAACAUGAGACAAGCCCUGUUGGAUCAGAUCAAUGGCCUGUUUGUUCUAGCAUCCUGUCCUCACAGGGGUAAACCAGGUGCCCGAGAUCCAAGUAGGACCCCAGCGUAACAGCAGUUUCUCUACUUAAGAUUCACAGCAGCUGGUAGUGGAGCUGGAACUUAGCCAUCAUGGCUAGUAGUCCUUGCUAGACUUGUACUCUAUGGAUUUGUCUGAUCCUCUCUUAAAGGCUUCCAAGUUGGUGGCCAUUACUACGUAUUGGGUGAGAGAAUUCCGUAGUUUAUGUACUAUGUGAAGAAGUUCUCUCUUGUCUGUCCUGAAUCUUAGCUUUGUUGGCUGGCCCUGAGUUCUAGUAUUAUAUGAGAGAGCUAAGCUGUCUGGCUAGCUCUUUCACUUCCUGCCAGAUCUAUGAGAAACUUAGCCCUAUCUGCCUUCUCGAUACCAUGCAUAAUCUUAAACACCUCUAGCAGGUCCCUCCUUAACUUGCCUUUCCUCUGAAAGUCCCAAAUGCUUUAACAUUUGGAAGAAAGAGGUUUGUGUGCCAUAUGACCCACUCUGCCCCCUAAGCUAGGCUGCUGCUCUAAGACGAAGUAGAGGAUGUUGUCUUGCCACCAGUCUGGUUGACUUGGCUAUACAGAAAGGGGUGCCAUCAGAAAGGGAGGGGAGGGGUGCCAUCUUCUGCUUCGGCUCAGGUAGCGAAAUAUAUUGGGCAAGCCUUGUGUGCUUUCUGUUUGAGAUCUGGCUGGCAGAGCCAAAUAUAUAUUGGGACUGUGGAAGGCUAAUGAACUUCUGAAGUGUUUAAUAGGGCUGUUUCUGCCUGAGAAAUAGCAGCAGCAGAAAUUCAGUUGCUCUGGGUUUCCAGACGGUUUGGCACAGCAGUCAUAAUGCUUAUUCAAAAGCAAGUUCCAUUGACAUUGCUGGAACAUACUGAAGAGGUGCAGACUAAACAAUGCCCAUAUUAUUAUUACAUUUAUGUCCCAUCUUCAAGAAGCUAAGGUGGCCUACUUGAUUUUGUCCCCCUCCAUUUUAUCCUUACAUCAACCCUAUGAGGUAGGUUAGGUUGAGAGACCAACAUUGGUUCCUUGGACUAUAAUAGAAAUUCAGUUAUGUCUGUUCUUCUUAAAGUGGUCAAAACAUCAAAUCGGAGAGUAUGCACAUCCUUCUACCUUUUUCUUCUGUUGCAGACCAUCCUGAAUCUGAGAUGCAAUCUACAAUUUGACUGGCUCCCUUUAACACACAUUUCCUCUGUUCUUUCGCUUUCGUGAAAUGUUAAAUGUUGUUCAGUUGAACGUAUUUUCUCCCAGAUGUAGUGACCAGUGCUGUACAAAAUUGUUGUUCCUUUGAUUUAAACUCCUGGCCAGGGACCUUUUUCUGCUCAUGUACAGUCUCAGGAACUCAUUUUUCUCAGGCUUUCAUCUGCCGCUGUUUGGAAUAUAGUCGUUCAAUCAAUAGGUGAUUUGAAUAGAUCUUGUGUGAGACUGGUGUCUAACACAGUCUGUCUUGAAUUUUCAGAAUUUCGUAGAUCUGGCAGGAAGCGAAAGAGCUAGCCAGACUGGUGCUGAAGGUAUGUAGCUGAUGAUGAUGGAGCUUUCUGGUAAUCUGCUAAAUCCUAACUUGUAAAACAUGUAAAAAACCCAACAAGUAAUUCCCACCCCCAGGGUUCUGUUGCUGGGCAUGCUUGCUCUUAUUUAUGUAAGCCAUUUACAGCUUAACAGUAAAAUUCAUCAUUCUGGAUGAACAAAAGACUGAUGCAGAUGUAACAUUCCCAGCUGGUAGACUCUUGCACAAAAAUCUAACUUCUCUAUGGCAAGGAUGAAGAAUCUGUGGUGCUCUAGAAGUUGGAUACAAACUCCUAGCAAUCCUAGUCAAUAUGACCAGUGGUCAGCAAUGAUGGAAGUUGUCUUCCAACAACACAUUGGAGGACCACAAGUUCCUUAUCCCUGCUUCUGCAGAGACUAUUGUAAACUGCCCCAUGAUCCUUGGAUGAAGGGUGGUAUAUAAAUUUAACAAAUAUAAUAUUUGGUUAUAGGCCUUCUAGCGUUAUCUUCCUCCUUUUGGCUGAAGUUAUUCAAUGUUUCUGAGUUAAAUGGCAUAAUUUAUCACACCACUAAUAAUAUUGAAAUCUUAUUGGGUGUCUCCAAUGCUGUCCUUUCAUUGACAGAAGGAAUCGGUUGGCAAAACAGGGGAGAGAUACAUUUUUUUGGUGAUGCACCCUACACAGGACCCUGUGCCCCUCUUUAAUCUGCUGCAGAGGAUUGAGGAAUCAUCUAGAGCAGAUUUAAGGACAGAAUGGGGAAUCACUGAAAAAUGCCCAUUCUGCUGAUAGUUGCCUUCUGUCAGGAGACAGGCAACUUUGGAUACUGCCCAGUAUUGUUAUUUAACAGUUUAUAAAGUGCCUAAAACUUUCUCUUAAUAGGAAUCUAUUUUCACAUCUGAAAAGAUUGUGAGCCUAUGGGCAGGUAAAAACAAUACAGAAGGGGGUGAAAUGGAGAAUGAAGAAGAAAGCAAUCAAAUUCAGGAGCUCUUGACUAUGUUAACUCCCAAUAUGGUAGCAAAACAAAUUUUGUGGAAGGAGCUGUCUGAAAAUAAAAUUAUGUUUGAUGCCUAGGGAUUCGUCUCAAAGAAGGUUGCAAUAUAAACCGGAGCCUCUCCAUCUUGGGCCAAGUUAUCAAGAAGCUAUGUGACGAUCAGGCUGGGUAAGGACAAUGUAGUUAAGAAAGGUUCUUUGUGCUGUAUUGAAAAGUGUUCUCACUUGAUUCUAGACCAGGCAGCCAAUGUAGUACCAUCCCUAGAUGGUUUGACUACAGUUCCCACCACCACAGGCCAUCUGUCUGGGCCUGAUGGGAGUUGUCAUCCAACAACCUUUGGAAGACACCACAUUGGGCUGUCUCUGUACUAUGUAAUUGAUCAGCUCUUGAGCCAAUUUUGCCUCUACUUAAUAAGUAAAAACUUCCUUGUUCCUUUUUUGGUCAUCCUCUUUCACCAGAGGCUACAUUAACUACAGAGAUAGCAAACUGACACGGAUUCUGCAGAAUUCGCUGGGUGGAAAUGCUAAGACUGUUAUUAUCUGCACAGUCACUCCGGCAUCCUUAGAAGAAACUCUUAGCACACUCCAGGUAAAACCGUACAGUUCCAUUUCCUUCCUCAAAAAGGUUUGUGGGCAAAAUUGCCCAAAGUGACAAGUAGGCAAGAAAUUAUUUCCCUUUCUCUUUAAACUUGCAUGCUUUGUUCUAGUAUAUGUAUCUGCAGUUAUAGAUCUAUGACAAAUCAGACUUCCCCUUCAAUGGGAAGUAGUCUAGCACUUCCUCUAAUAGCUGGCAUGGAUACUGACAUUUGCAGAAGCAACCCCUUCAACUCUAAGCUUUCAGGGUAGUCAUGGAGUCUUGAAUAUCAGGUGGAAAAGGAAAAGCUGGGGGGGUGGCCUACUUGAGCUCCUGAUAGCUUAUCUGUUAUCUGUUGCCCUCCAGAUGUUGGAGGACUCCAACUCCCAUCAGCCAUGGUCAACAUGGUCAGAUGAUGGGAGUUGUAGUUCAACAACAUCUGGAGGGCACCAGAUUGGCUAACCUAGGCUUAUCCCUUCUGUGGGGAGGUGAAGGUAUGCUGCAACAUUUUGUUUAAUACGUCCCAUUUGUAUUUACUGUAAUAGCAAAUGUUGAUUUUUAUGAUUCAAUACUUCUGUAAAAGAGAUUUUGCACAAAUGUAAUUUUUUCCUGACUUCACCUUCAAAGAGCAGUUCUGAGUCCAUGUGCCCAUGUCUCCUAGUUUGCCAGUACAGCUAAAAAUAUGAAAAAUAGCCCCAUAGUAAACGAAGUUCUAACUGAGGAUGCCCUUCUGAAGAGAUAUCGUUCAGAAAUAGAAGACCUGAAACGACGCCUAGAAGAGGUAAGUUGUCUACCUUGAAAUCUAAGAGGCUGGAAUGGGUAGAAUCUGGCCGAAUUUCAAUGGCAACUCUUAAUAAAGUUGAUGACCAUUUCGUGCAGGGGUUCCAUUCCCUGCCUCCACAUAUGUUGGAGGAGCAUGUAUAAGUGUACCACAGCCCUGUUAUGCCAUUUUUGUGACAUGCUGAGCAACGUUUUUGGGUCACUUCCAGGUUCAUCGCCAUAUGCAAUCUCAUGUCUUUCGGAUGCACAUUAAUUGGUUGUUGCGUGUUUGCAACCCUUUCCACACUGGGGGUUGCAGACACAAUUUCAUGGAACUUAAAUGCUUUCAUUGUUUAAUGCUGAUGUUUAACCUUCACAGCCAUUAGUACUUACAGUACGUUAUUACCAUCACAGUAAUAUACAAACAAACAACCACAGUCCUCGCAAGCAAGGAGGGGUCUACACAAAAGCACACGGGUAUCCUAGCCAAUGUAGCAUGAUAGGGUAAAUUUUUCUGUAAUGUAAACUUCAAUACCUUCUCCAGGCACCACACACAUGGAUUUGUUUUGAGGGAUUUUACUACCCCAAGAUAGAUUGAAAAUUUGGCCUGGGGUAGUAAAAGUAUUCCCAAAAGUAUGUAAGUUUUCAGCAGGUCUUAGGAAAAUCUGUUAUGAAGGGUAUUUUUUGUAUUUCUUGGGAAAUCACGUACACCUUACUAUGGACAACGUUGUGUGCCUUUCGACCUUUGGUAUUGAUGCUUUCCCUUUGUAGGUUUCACCACAAUCCCAGCUGGCACAGAUAAUUGAAGAGAAGAACGCUCUUCAAAAAGAACAGCAGGAGAAAAUAAGGGCUCUCACUGAGAUGCUGGUGACGGCACCUUCUUUUGCAUCAGCGCAAGACUUCAAGGUAAUAUUUAAAAAUUUGUGUUGUGGGACCUUCGGUGGAAAACUGGUGGUUCUUGUAGCAGCUGUUAUUAAGUAACUAAAUGGGGCGAGGGAAACCUGGGAAUGACUAGAAGGGUGCCACUGUAGAAAAGGCCCUUCCAAUGUGUGGAAGCUUAACAUAGCUCUGUUAAGGCAUGUUUGAAGCAGGAAGCUCAUACUGGGAAGCUGGUAUAAGAACAGGCACCAGUGACUGAGUGUGCUUUAAUGGUGCCAGGAGGGUGGAGGGUGAAUGGAACCUGCUGCUCUCCAGUCCAGCCCUCACCACCAAGGGCCCCGCGCAACUUUGCGGCUCGUGGAGGGCAGCGUGAGAAGGAUGCCAUGUGCCCCCAACCAAGGGCUGGGAUCGAAGGGCAUGUGAUAGUUGUGUCUUAAGUUGCUCUCCCCGGCUCCCAGCCUUUAAAAUAGAGCUUUGUGUAGAAUUCUGUAGCAGCUACUUGUCACCCAACUAGUGAGACACAGCGAGUUCAAGUUGCUUAUGGUGCUUGCAAACAUGUUUUAGGAAAGUUUCCCCUCUCCAUUUGCAACUCUUUUUGCAAAUGCUUCUGGUAGAACCUACAAACGCUAGCUUCAACUGAAUUUGUCGUCACUAGGCCACGUACAAAUUCCAAGACAUCAGCAAAUGGGAUCGUGCUUAUAAAAAGAUCUAACUUCCUUUAAUUCUCCUACAUGCCUUGAUUUUUUUGAUUAUUUUUUUUAAAGGUUCGAAGGAAGCGGAGAGUGACCUGGGCUCCAGGAGCAAUAAACCAGGAAGGAGGGGAAUGUCUCCUGGGAAGCUUUCCCUCAAAAGCCAAACAGUUUAAAACAUCUUUGUCUUGUCUAUCAGAGAUGGAAGAGUGUAAGUUUGUUAUGCGUAGAAACUAUUUAAAAAGGUGCUAUAUAAAAUAUGGGCUGAAGAAUUGUAGGUUGGGAUACGUUAGAACUUAGAUAAUACAUUGUUUAACCAAUAUCCACAGUGAGCUGCACAUAGUUAAACUAUUGCAGCUAUUUUGAAGGCUGUGUUUAAGCUGCAUAUGUUAAUUCUGCUGAAUGCUAUUGCUAGAUCUGAAGAGGACAGAGAAGGGCAAGAAGGCUCUUGGCAUAACUUAGCAUGCUCCGUUUAUCUCCUGGUUGCUCCAGAGAUCUGAUUCUGAUAUCAAUCUUUAGGCACUAGGGACAGCUGGCUUCCUUGCAAAUGCUAGCAAAGGCUACUGUAGCUAACUCUCGCUGCUUGCAUUUGGCUGCUCAUGUUCUCUUUCUCCUAUGGCAGGGGAGAAUUAGACCCACUGGGUCCCAAGGUAACCAAAGCUCAGUUCCUUUCUCUACAUCUUUCUGCAUUUGUCUCAAGAACUUAGACAUGGAAUCUUAGCGUUGGAAGGGAUCCCAAGGGUCAUCUCAUCCAACCCCUUGCGAUGCAGGAAGCUCAGCUAAGGCAUCCAUCACAGAUGGUCAUCUAACCUCUGCUUAGAAACCUCGCAUGGGAGUCAGUUCCACUAUUGAACCACUCCUACUGUCAGAAAGUUAUUCCUGGUGUUUAGUCGGAAUCUCCUUUUUUGUAACUUGAAGCCAUGGGUUCAAGUCCAACCUUCAGAGCAGGAGAAAACAAACUUGCUCUGUCUUCCAUUUGGCAGCCCUUGAGUUAUUUAAAGAUGGCUAUCAUCUCCCCGUAGUCUCCUCUUUUCCAGGCUAAACAUACCCAGCUCCUUCAAACUUUCCUCAUAAGACUUGGUUUCCAGACCCUUGAUUAUCUUGGUCACCCUCCUUUGCACACAUUCCAGUUUGUCAAUCGCCUUAUUAAAUUGUGGUGACCAGAACUGGACCCAGUUUUCCAGUUGUGGUCUAUCCAAGGCAGAACAGAGCAGUACUGUUACUUCCCUUGUCUGCAUCUUAAGUAUACACACUUUUAUUUUGGCAAAAUGGGUUGUCUUUCAGCUGUAUCCUCUGAGUUCUCGGAACAUGAUGAUCAGUGGAUGACAGCCAGUGUUACAAUUCCUGAAGAGGAAUGGAUUCCAGGAUCUGAGGUUGGUUUGGUAAGUGGUAUUUAUGUGUGUGGAAACUAGCCUGCUGCACCAGAGGUGAAAUUUACAUUCAUUGUGCCACCCAAUUUUUCUCUGACCCCUCCCACCUCAUGGAUAUGGCCCCCAGAAGGUUGCUGAGAAACGAAUGUCGCCCUUGGAAUGAAAAAGGUUCCCACUCCUAUUCCAAGAACAAAGAUGGGAGCGGAGAGUAUCCCCUUUGCAGGCUUCCUCUCCUAUUCUUUUUUGCAACAACAAUUUCUUAGUUACUCCCUAUUAACUAUAUUGGAUCAACAUGACUUGUUUUACAUUUGGUUCAGUGGGGUGGAACUGAGUCAGCAGAAUUUAGGGGAGAGAAAUUCUGUGGUUUGGAAAGCUCACCUCCUUUUCAGGGUUUUUUGCAAGCCCCCAAAACUUGCCAGCCUUGCCAGCGUGUGGCUGGAACUUAGUAUACAAAUGUUGUCUAGCUCUCAGUAGGGCUUUGGCAACAACACUUUUGAGCUACCAAUAUAUUGCUGAAGGAACAAGCAAGUGCUUUCAGUAUUAAGGUUUUUGCAUAUUUGUAAGUCACUUUGAGAUUCUUAGGGUAUGAAAAGCGACCAUUAAAAAAUGAGUUUAAAUAAAAUAUUGGUAAGGAGAUGAAAUUUAACUAGGUAACAGAGGAGGCAUCUUGUAACUUUCAAAAAUAUUUUUCUUCUAGAUUCAUAAAGAUUUUGCAGAUUCUGUCAUGCUUUGUGAAACCCUAGUAGAUGAGAGGGUAAGUCAGCUCUAGCGUUCUCUAGGAAUUUAAUUUGAAAGUGUAGGUAAAACCUUUUAAUCUCACUCUGCCUCUCUCCUGGCUAGGAUAAUGCUGUCACUGAACAACAAGCCUUAAAAGUAGAACUAAAAAACUUGCAAAUGGAGAAAGAGCAGAUUGCAUGUGAGCUCAAAGAGCUGAAGGAGAAAAUGUCAGUUUAUGAGUUUGUGGCUCUCGAAAGAGAGACAGCAAAGGAACAAGAGGUAAGACAAAGUAGGUGUGUAAAUAAUCCUAUUUCUAGACCAUCUUUUCUUUUUACAACUUUCUGAGUGGCUGACAAAAUCAUUUAAACAAGAUUAAAAUUAGCUGGAUCCUGACUCUGUUGCAUGCAGAUCUCAUUUAAAUUAAUGUGGACAUUGUUUUAUGACUUAAGUGAACUCCAUUUGAAAGCAAUGGGAUUAUGGCAACUAACUUAGUCUGAAUUGAACUCAGUUAAAUAUUGAAGCAGCAGAAGCAAUAAACUCAGUAGUGCUUAUAUACAUCAGCAGGAUUAAAGCAAGAGACAUGCUUGAAUGCCUGGAGAAAUAAAAAGGGUGCCACUGCAGAGAAUAUCCCCUGAUCACUGCCCUUCUCAAAUCAAAUCAACCCAGUCAUUUUAAUUUUAUGCCCUUGUUAGAAAGGGGGUGGCAGAAAACAUCCUUUGGUGCUAGUAAAAUGGCAGGUUCCGGUGAUAUUGGAUCUCAGAGCCACAUAAGAUUUUAAAAGUAAGUGCUGGCACUGUAAACUGGGUUCAAACAGACUAGCAGUCAGUACCUUUCCUUCAGGGAAGAUGAGAUGUGUUCCCUUCACCUGUAUUUAAGAAGUGUCUAAUUUUUUCAGUCUUCCGAAGCAGCCCCAGGUACGACACUGCAGUAGUCUAGUUAGGAAAUGGUGAUGGCAUGGAUCACUGUGGCCAUUAGGGAGACAGGGAUGCACAGCUGAUGGACCCACCUUAGCUGCUCAAAAGCAAUGCAUCUCACACCCCCAGCAACAAAACUGGGUCUUACACAAUUGUCUUUACUCUGCUCUGUUUCUUCCACUGUUUCCAGUAUGGCCUAUGGACAUAAAGGACAUGGUCUUCCCUAUGGUAGUGCCAAAAGAAUUUCACUUGACCCCAUCUCCUUUCAACGUGCAGCCAAGGCUUCUCUCUUAUUUCAUGUUUCAUUUUAUUUUGUUAAAAUAUCUAUGCUCCACCCUUUUCAGUCUGAGACCCUUAGAGAUAACUUAGCAACAUGAGAUUAAAACAAAUGCUAAUCCUGUCACUGCAAAAAAGCAAAAACCAACAAGCAAAACGGCACUUGUUUUUGUGCUUAUAUUGUGGUAUGUAGGCUGUGCUAUGAGAGGAGUGUAGUAAGCACCAUCUUGCAUUAACAGUAAAGCAUGGUUUGCUGUGACGUGUGAAAACAGCCACUCUUUUGAGUUGCAGCAUGGAAGAAAGGCGAGGAUUGGAUAUGAAUUUAUUUAAAUCAAUUAGCCCCCAACUAAUGCAUGCUAGAAAAAGAGUGGACCUGUUCUUCUGAAAAACACUUGUCAGCGUAUAUUAGCAGUGUGUUCUGCCCUUUUUGUUUUGAAGGUUUGAAAAGCCCUCUGUUAGUAAUGCGCCGUUAAGACUUUAUUUCCCAGGGCUUCUCACCACUGUAAGCAAUGAAUGCUCACAAAAUUUUCUGCUAUGUAUUCUAUAGUAGCAACUUGGCUCCGCUGUGGUUUGGAGGGGAGCUGAAUGCAGGGCUUGCUUGUUUUUGUGGUGGGUGACUGCAGGUAAACCUGACUGAAAGGUGCUUCCUAACUGCCUAUGCCAUUUUGCUUCGAUUGCUCCACAGAUGCAACUAAUGCAUGAAAUUUCCAGCUUAAAGACUAUUAUUACAAAUGCUGAAGUUUGCAAUCAAGAUCUGCAGGUGAGCUGGUGGUGGUGGUGGUAGGCCUUCCAUGUAUAAUGAAACGGAACACUAUUGUUUAGUCUUAGCCAAAUGCCUUGACUUCUUCGGUCGGUUUGUCAAUUUUAAUGUCAUGCUGCGCAACACCUAAGCCCCCCCAUCAAGCUGGGAAAUGGAAAGGUGUGCCUAAACACUUUGCACUUCUGGUGUUUUUCCUCUUUCUUGCCUUAUCAGGAGGAAGUAAUGUCAAAAGCCUUGCAGAUCGAGGAGCAAAAGAAUAAAAUCAAAGCACUGGAAAACCAUGUCAGUGAGCUAAGAAAUCUAAUGAGAGAAGCAAAGACAGAAAGUGGGGAAAGCGAUGUGUCAUCAGUACGUCUGAAUCUUUCUUCUUUCUUUAAGCAGGGUUGUGUUUUUUUAAUUUGUCCUUGAUUCCUGGGUAUUCUUGCAGGGUGGGUGGGUGGCAUAUACAUACACUUACACACUACCCUCAUGUUCUCAUACUUUCAGCAGAUUUUGAAUAACUCGGGGGACGAAAUGCAAAAAAUGAAGCAGUCUCUCAGUGAUGUUGAGGCGGUAGCACUGGAUUCCAAGAGAGAAUCUUCAUUCCUCAGGAGUGAAAACAUAGCACUAAAAGAAAAAAUGGUGUGUGUAUAUGUGGACUUGGGAUGGUGUAGGUUUUUACUUGCCUUUUAUGUAAUGUCUGAGUGAACAGAUACAAUUCUUUUUUGUGGCCUUUUGUCAGUACCUGAAAUAAGCAUGGGGGGGGAGACCAAAAAAUCUUUUCCUAGUGGCUUAUGUCUGGGGAAUUUCUUCCCCACUGAGGUGUGCCUCUAUAUUUGCUUAGAAACCAGGUCAAAACUCACCUUUGGGAGUCAGGUUUUAAAAGGCUAGUGGGUGAAGUAAUUUCUGAGUUGUGUUGCUGCCAAUUACAUCCUUCAUGCAAUUUAUGAUAAUUUUUUAUCUUUUCUUGUCUGUAUGCCUUUUUAUUGCCUUAAAUCAGAUGUAAACUGCCCUGUGGCCCAUUUUUGAUGAAGGGCAGUAUGGCAACAGCUUAGGAAAUACAUUAAAAUAAUAAGCUUCCAGUAGGGCCUGUGAGUUCUGCUAGUUUCCUAGUAGAAUCUCAGUGAUGCUUCCUUGGGGUGAUGUGGGCUGGGAUAACAGUGCUAAUACAAUCUGGAAGAGGGAGAGGAUAGUGCUACUGAAGUACGUGGCACUGGGUACAAAUCUGCCACUGUCGUGGCACGUAAAUGGACACGGGUAAUGGCAUUUUAACUUGCUCCCAUCUAGGACCAGCUCUCAGAUACGUACAAGCAAAUGGAAAAAGACAUUGAGAGUUACAGAAGACAGUUAGAUUCUGGGAAAGUCGCCUACAAGAAAAUGCAGUCUGACUUGCAGAAAGAAUUGCAGUACUACCUGCAGGAAAAUUCAAAGCUGGCAUCGCUUUUGGAGGGAAGAGUUCCAAAUGGUACCUUUUUUAUGGAAUUGAUAUAGAACAAGAAGGUUCUUCGCACAAUCAGGCUUUUUCCUGAACUUCUGAUAGCUGAGGAAUUAUUACUUUUUAUGAAUUAAAACUGGUGGCACAUAUGUUCAGGCCCCUAAAAGUUAGUUUAAAUAUUUAUAAGGCACCCUUUUAAUAAAAAACAAGGCAAUGCACAACACAGAAACAUAAUGCUACAAUAAUGUAAAUGAAAAAAUAUCUAGGCACGUUUUGCACAGAGUUUGCAUCCCAAAGGUUUGUCUGAACAGCGCAGUUCUGAAAAGACAUCUAAGAGAAAGCAGGGGUUGACUCAUGCCUAACCUCUGCUGGCAAAAAGUUCCGCAUAGCAGGUUCUGCCACAUUAAAGUCUGGGUCGCUGUUAAAGGCAGGCUGAAUGCAAGGGGCAUGGUCAACAAGCAAUUAUUUAAUUAUUUGCUGCAUCUCAACUGGGAUUAGUUGGUUCGUUUAGCCAAUCCUGAUGUAAAGCAACUGACCAUUCAUUCCUGAUACAGUGCAGCAGGAUUAAAACAAAAAACCUUGGAGAGGUUUACGGCUCUGUCCUUCUCUGCCCUUGCAUCCUUCCAGCCAGUCAUGGACUUGGUUGGCAGACACCUUAGUGACUGGGGACUUUAGGCUCAUGGCUCUGUCAGUUUAUGUCCUGAUGGCAUGCUUUACUGAUGUGCAAUUCAGGCAUUAGACAGUGGCUGCGUGGAAUUAAAAUAAAAGUAGUUGCUGCUCCUUAACAUCAGGGCUAUGAGGCGGGCGGGAGAAUUAGAGGGGGGGUAAGCUUUUGAAAACGAGAUGCAUAGCAAGGGCUGUGGGAGGGGCAGUGCUGUUUUUUCUGGGGGGAUACAGGGGGACGCAUACCCCCAAACAUUUUGUGAAUCUUUGUACUUUUGUCCAUUACUUUAUUUAUUUUUCCCAAUUUGAACUAUAAAAUGGUGAUUUUCUUGAGUCAAAAUGAGAGUACCCCUAAACAUUUUUUAGGGGGGAAAACACUGGGGAGGGGGAUAAAUGGACUGGUGGGUUUAGGCUGAGCCCCACGAGAAGAUGGAAAUUGAGCUUCAGGGGUGCAUAGGCAAGUAGAGUCUUUCAAGGAGGUUUGCAUGUCAGAAACCAGGGUAUAAACUGGUGGAAAGGGUUCAUGCUUUAGCGGGAUAUUUUCACAGAAGCCAAGAACUACGGAGCAAGAACUAUAUAUAUCUAGAGUUUGCUUGUAACACAGUGGUACUGAAUUUUUGUCAAUUUUAUCCAUUGAAAUCUUUCCACUUCCCCCCACCCCCAGACUUACUCUCAUGUAUGGAACUGGAAAGGAAGAUUGCGGGUUUGAAAGAUGAACUGAAUAAAGCUCUGGAAGAGAACUCAACUUUAAGGAAAGAAGCAGCUGCAUCAUUAGAAGCCCGUUCGGGACCUGACACUGAAAUCUUCCAGAAGGAGGUAAAAACUAAUUAAAUGUGGGCUUCCAUGAAGCUGUAUCUUAGGUCAGGGCUUUCUUAGCCCAUUUAACUUUAUGGAGAGAGGAAAAAAAUUCUACCCAGAAUAUAGUUAAUCAUCCUUGCUGGAAGAUUGGGGUGCUUCUACUACAGUAACUUCUUUAAAUAAUUCUAAUCAAUAAAAAGUUCUGGCAUCACAAGCAGUUGCAGAACUUGCAUUCCUCUUAAUUUUUUGAAAGCUUAUUCUAUUAGGUGUCCCCCAUGUUUCAGAAACCCAACUAGCUUUAGCUAGGGGUCAGGCAAUUAGUGAUGUCAGUCCCAUGCCAUGAAAUAUUCCCUCAACAUCCCUGCUACCAACCUUCAGGUGCCUUAUUUUUUUUAAUCAAUAGGCCUAUUCAGUGGUUUAAACUUUCUAAGAUGAGCCAGUCAGUUUUAUGAUUAUUCUGUGUUGCUUUUAUGGUGUAUUUUUGUAAAGUUGAUUAUACAAAGCCCUGAUAUUUUAUAACAGGGGAGGUCUGUUUAUUUGUAAUAAAGAAAUAUUGCUGUGGAUAUUUGGGUUCAGUUCCCUACUAGGCUAUGUAAUUGGAUCAGUCAUCACCUGUCAACCUGAAGCUUUUUUCUCUAGUCUCUUGUUGAAGGUUUUCUUCCAGUUCAGGGGAGCAAAGUACAUCUAAAAACCAAACUUAGCCUUCAUUCAGCUAGAACGCAUAUUAUAAAGCAUAGCUGAGAUGAUAAUAGCUGCCUACUACAUGCUCAUACUCUGUGUAUAUAAAUAAAUAUGUGUAUAUAGGUGCUUGAAAAAUCCGAAAUGAUUGCUUCUCUGGCUUCGGAAAAAGAGAUGCUGCUUGCUCAAGUGUCUGAGAAGGAGAGACUGCUGUGCGAAGCAACUAUCGCGCUAAAAUCCAAAGAAGAUUUUGUAAAUUCUGAAGCAAUGCGCCAAAAUGACCUAGCUUUUCAAGAGCUGAAAUGUCACUGUGAUGAACUGGAGCAGAAAUUCUUGACUGCAUCAGAAGAAAACAAGCAGAUGAAAUGCCAACUAGAUCUUCUAUCUGAAGAAAACCUCAAGCUACAGGCAACCAUUCAUGAAGUGACUCAAGAGGUGAGUCCUUCCUGGUUCUCCAACUUUUCAUACAGCAGCUGAUGGCUUUUCUUGAUGAAACAUUUCCUCACUUCAGUCUUUGUUGAAAAGUUGAGUGGGCCCUUGGUACUGUCCUUGCUUCUGUUUUUCCUUACAUUGCAGCAAGGCCUGGCACAUAAAUGCGCUGUUACACAAAGUGCUCAACCCUACUACACUAACGAGGUUGCUUUUGAUCACAACCACUUUCUGAAAUAUUUCUAAAACUUACUUUUUUUAAGGAAACCUGAACCAAUCCCACAAUUCUGGAAUUGGCUGCCUUAUUGUGCGUGCUCACUUUCUCUACACACUUAAAAAAUGACCAUUUUACUUACUAAGCUAGAAGGAGCCCAACUGACCACUUUUGGAAUGAAUGGGAAAGUGAAGCUACCAAACCCAUGGAACUGGGUUCCAUGUAAUCCCCAUCAGCUUCUCAAAACAAGGUGGGAAUAUGACUUGGAAUUGCUAUUUUUGGUAGCUACUACAGCAGAUAUAUUUUCUUUUCUUGUAAACAAAACAUGUUUUUACUAUGUUUUAUAUGUGCUGUAAGCUACCCAGAGUGGUUGGGGAAACCCAGCCAGAUUGGCGGGGUAUAAAUAACAAAAUUAUUGUUAUUAUAAUUAUAUUACUGUGUGCACGCCCAAAUAACAACCACUAAUUCCAGGAAUAAAUUCCAUACUAGGGUAUCCUGCUCCCUAGCAGAAUUUUGACAUGCUCUCAUUUCUUUUUUUGCAAUUUGGCAGGAGGUAAGCCCUUUUAGGCUACUGGAGCACACUAGAUCCCUUGUGUUACUUACUUUGAGCCAAGUUUGAAUCUGACUAGGUUUGCAUGUAACACGAAGCGAAACCAUGGCUUAGCAAAAGCAACGUGCCUUAUGGGUUGUUGGGAGUAAAGUUUAUGACAGCAGCACUCUUUCCCCCAGUCCUGCUGCUCUCAUGCUACCCAGGACUAAACUGGCGUUGAAUCCAAACCUGGGUUUAUGGUUUGUCUUGCUCUGCAUAAUCUAUGAGCUUAUAGCCAAUGCAUAUUCUUGGUUUAUUGCUUGUGGUUUGUCUGGGGGAAGCAAACUGCAAAGCCUGGUUCACGUGCAACACUAGGCCAAACCAUGGUUUAGCCCUGGGUUCAGCUGCAGCAGUACUGGAGAGGAGAGCUGUUGCCAUGAUCUUCACUCCAGAAACCCACAAGUUUGCUCAUUCUUGGUAAGCAUAAAUUGGCUUAGUGUUACAUGUGAAUUGGGACUGUGUAACUUCGCUGAAAUCAGUAUUGUCCACAGGUAACAAAAAGUUUUGUGGGGGGGAAAGGAGCACUAUAAAAACCCUUUUAAUGACAAGAUUCAAAAUUUAGUGUUUUUAAGUUGGAUUUGAGCUUCAUUCUUACUUAUUAAUGUCAAAGUACUUUCUGUCUUUCUAUAAAUAAUAAUAACGAAGCUUUCUGGCAAGAUCAAAGAGAUGCAAGAAAAGGACUUGGAGCAAGAGAAGCUUCUUGGUAUGAGAGAACAACUUGAUGAAGCACAUCAAAAACUGAGUGAAAUGGAGAAACUCAAAGACCAGUUGAAGAGCUGGGGAUCUAAAAUGGAGGCUGAGGAAAUGGAGAAGCUGGGCCUAGCUCAAAGGCUCCAAGAGAGUGAAAAAGAGAUGCAGGCGCUGACUCGGGAAAGAGAUGACCUGAAGCAGAAAGAGGAGGCUCUCAGACGUGAGAGAGAUCAGAUCAAAGAAGAUAUCCAAGAGACUGUGUCAAUGGUAAGCAAAACCUCCCACUUGGAUUACUGCAAUGUAUUGUACAUGAUGCUGCAUUUGAAAAUCGUUCAGACCCUUCAGGACUUCAUUAUGUGAUCAUACCACACCAGUGCUUCUCCAUAUCAAAGUUCUGGUUUUAGCCUUUAAAAGCUGUAAUUAGUUUGAUGUGGGAUGGAACAUACCUAUAAACUCACAUGGAACCAAAGUUUUCAAUGUUUGAUAUUGUAUUCUGUUUUUAUAUGUGUUGGAAGCCUCCCAGAGUGGCUGGAGCAAUCUAGUCAGAUGGGCAGGGUAUAAAUAAAAUUAUUAUUAUUAUUAUGUGGCUAAUUCAUCUGUCCCUACAUCAAACUAGAGAGCUUUGAAAAGGGUAGCAGAACAAUUCAUAGCACUACUGCAAGGAUGUGUAUGUCAUGGGAACUCUAAUGCAUGUAUCUCUUUUGUUUUGCUUUUAAUGUAAAAGAACAUUGAAUCACAAGAAGAACUGAGAAAUGCACAAAAUUCUCUGAAGCAUUGUGAGAAGCAAAUUAAAGAACUGGAAGAAGCCAUUGUGGAGAGAGAAGCACAGAUUUCAAGUGUUAAAGAAUCUCUAGGGGUCACUAUUGAAGAACAGAAGCAACAGGUAACAUCUGUCUCAGUUGCAAAGUUUAUUGGUCUAGGUUGGAGCAUAAUUAGGAGCAUAAGAAAUGCCCUGUAUAAUCUUGAUCCUUAGUCCAUGUAGCUCAUUAUUGUCUUUGCUGGCUGGAAGUGGCUCUCCAGGUUUUGGGACAGAGGACAUUAUCAGCCCUCUCUACAAAUGCUGGGGAUUAAAUCUGGGACCUUCUGAGUGCAAGACAAGUGUUCUGUCGCUGCGCUGUGGCCCUUUUUGCUUUGAGUGUGAAUGUUUUGGGUUCAGUUCUGAGACAAGCCCCAUUUAAGGCAACACCACCUGUAUUCUAUGGUGACUAUCUAAAGCUUAAAGUACUUUAGCUGGUCUGUAACAUGUUAAGACAUCAGAGGCUGUUAAACGCUGCUAGAAAGUUUGGGAUGUUGUAGAAUAAUUGUUGAAAUGGUGCUAUAUUGGAUGGAGGCACGAAAGUACAGACUUCCAUGUAUAUCUUAACUCCAGCAUCAGAGGCACCAAUUUUCUGAAUGCUGGUUGCUGGAGAAUAGUGCCCUCAUACCCUGCUCUGCAGAGGCAUCUGGUUGGCGGCUACGGGAAAAGAGGAUUCUGGACUCAAGAAGCCUCUUGGUCUGAUUCAGCAGGGCUGUUCUAGCACUGCCCUCUUCUUCUUGCCAAACAUCUCUGAAUGUUCUGCACUGGAUUGUUGAUCACUGUUUGUUCACCUGCCUUGAUUGAAACAUUUUCUAGGGUAGAAAAAUACGUUGUGUUUCAUCUUGCAGAUACUAAAGUUAACAGAGCAUUUGGACUACUUCAACACAGAGAAAAAUCUGUUAACUGGAGGAGACGGGGAUGCAGAGGAAAUCAAGCUGGAGGAAAAUAACCAGCUUCAGUCAAUGAAGGAGAAAAUCUUGUCCCUUGAGCAAGAGAAGACUUUGCUAAAGCAACAACUGGAGAGUCUGCAAGAGCAAAAGAACUGGUACCUGGAAAGCAGUCAGCUGGUAAUUGCUGUGUAUUGCUUGUUGUUGGCAUCAGUCUGUCCUGAGAGGCAAUGGAAUACACCUCCAGGGGUGAAGUCAAAUCACACUGUUAACAGCACAGACGUGACCUUCCUAGGAGCAAGCCUGGGCAGUGUGUAUGGAGCUCCUGGGUUGCCCAGAAGACAAGAGCCCCCCCCCACACACACACACUCUUGGCCUCGCUGAUGUGGUCCAAAGAGAAGCAGAGCAAUACAUUUAGCACCAACAUGGCAGCAGGAGUUGCCAGAAGGAGGCGUGCAAAGCACCAUCCAGCCAUCUUAGGGACUCCACUCCAGAUUUUUGUAGUGUUUGCUCCUUAUCCUUUUCUUCUCCCAAAGAUAUUCUGCAAGGCAGUUGUGUAUUACAGGGAUACACCUGUAUUUGUGUAUUACAGGUUGGCAUUUUAGUGUCAUGUCAAGCCAUAACCCAAGGUUUACUGUGCACAAACAAACUGGAGAUUGGAAACAAACCACAAACAAACCAUGAUUGGUACACCAUAAACAAACCUUGGUUUAUCGUCAUGGUUUGUUUCCCCUUACCCCAGCACUAGCAGUGAAGAGCAAAGAAGACAACUCAACACAUUUGCAAUGGUGUCGGGCGUACAGGUAAAUUUUAUAAAGUCAGAAGCUAUGUGCUUCAACACCCCUCCUCACACCCAAAAAGAACUCACGAAGGUCACCAAAAUAAAACUUUGCCACACCAAGUUCAGAUACCUAGGGGUACAAAUAACCAGAAACCUCAAUACAUUGUACCUCCACAACUACAAACCCCUGUGGCGACAAAUUAACAAAGACCUAAAGAGAUGGAAUAACAUGAACUUCACUCUCUCAGACAAAAUAGCCAUGAUCAAAAUGAUCACACUCCCAAAACUAACCUACCUAUUCCAAACCCUCCCAAUUUGGAUCCCCUCAACCCAACUUCGCAGUUGGCAGAGAAAACUACACUCUUUCAUCUUCUCACAUAAAAACCAAGAAUAAGCCCCAAAUACCUGCACUUCCCCACCUCAGAAGGAGGAUGGGAAUCCCAACAUAGAAGCAUAUUACAAUGCCAACCAAAUACGCCACAUAAUCCCAUAUAUACUAGAAGAUGAGACAAAACAAUGGGUACACCUAGAGAGGGACACAAUUGAAAACACCUGCACCACAACAUACCCACUCCUCCCAAACAAACUAAAGAAAAUUCCCACAACACUUAACAGGUACACACAGACCAUGCUCAAAGGAUGGAAAACACAAAUAGGCAAACUAUCCUCAACCCCAUCCCCACUAAUCCCCCUGGCGUACCACCCAUUAUUCCACCAUGCAGCACAAAACCUCAAGAUAAAAACCUGGCGAACCAAAGGCUUAUAUCGCCUAAUAGACUUUUAUAAAAAUAACAAACCCUUGUCAACACAAGAAAUACAAGACAAACUAGAAGACACCCAAAUGCCCUGGUUAACACAACACCAACUACAUGCCCUCUUAAACAACCCAACAGUAAAAUCAGCAGCAACUAGGCCCCUGACAACCUUCGAAAACCUCCUCCUAACAACAAAGGGAAACGGUAAAGGGACAGUAUCAGCAAUAUACAAAAUACUACUACAAAAUCCCACAAAUCCCCUAGACGCAAUCAAAAAAAAUGGGAGAAUGACAUAGGCUAUGAGAUUAACCCCACUCAAUGGACCAGAAUGUGGUCUAAACCCCCCUUUAAAUCCAUAUCAACGAAAAGAAAAGAACUCACACUGAAACUCACCUACAGGUGGCACCUAACACCAAGGAAACUAGCGCUAAUACACCCAGGAACCUCACCAAAAUGCUGGAGAGGGUGCACCUCCACAGGCACAUACCUCCACAUGUGGUGGGAGUGUCCCAAAAUCCAACUAUUCUGGACAACAGCCAUACAAGAAAUAUGUAAAAUAACUAAGCAAGUAAUAGACAUCACCCCAGAAUUGGCCCUACUAAACAUCUUCCAAGACAACAAUGCCCAUUUACACCACAAAGAACUCAUAACCCACCUGCUCUCGGCAGCCAGAAACACCAUAACCAGACACUGGAGAGACCUGUCAGGAGUAAGCAUGGACCAAUGGUACCAAAUAGUAUGGGAAACAGCCCUACUAGAAAAAUUAACUAAUAAACUGAAACUGACACGGGGACAAACAGAAGAUGCCUUCACCCCGGUAUGGCUCCCCUUUAUCACAUACACAGCCCAACAGGACAAUGACAAUAAUCCACCAACAGCAUACAAAUCAAUAUGGCUAACCUGAUCCAAAACACCCACCCACCUCACUCACACACGAAAACAAAGAUCACCACAGCCAAUCACAAGCAAACAAUCACACCCUAGGCCAACCCCAACCUCUCUCACCACCAAAGGAACACAAGUGAACAACACAAGCAACGCUGACACCAAACUCUACAUACAUUAAACAUAAUAGAAACACCGCCACCCGACCCCACCCCCAUCCAUCUUCCCUCUCUCCACCCCCCUUUCUUUUUUCUUUCUUUUUUCUUCUCCCCCUAAUGCCUCAACAAAUGAAAUGGAUUUGUAAAAAUGUUACAUGGGAAAAAAAAUACGAGGCACUACACUUCUGUAAAACAAGAAAAUCCUUAAUAAAAUAUUUUUUUAAAAAAAGAGCAAAGAAGACAUAAUUUGCUCAUCUACAGUAAGUCAUGACUUACAGUGAUGUGCACAGAUGGUCAGACACAAGUUGGAGUCUGUCUUUGAGAGAAACUGAUAAAUUAAGUUAGUCUUGGAUAUUUAAAUUGGAAUUUUUAAGUUUCAGCCCAUAAUUUUAGAUAAACUUUAAAUAGCUGAAAUGGCUUUUUGCAAGCAAGUUUACAAGAAUUCAAACAACUGACCACAUGGUGUGCUAAAGGUUCUUACAACAUUUUGGGGAUAAAGUUAGAAUAUUGACACUUGCAGAGCUAGAGCACAUCGCUGACAUCUUGCCCGUUUUCCUUUUCUUAAGCCACCUAGCAAGAUCCAAGAGCUGCAAACAGGAGACACUGAAGAGGAUAGACCUUUUCGUAUGAAAGAAGAACUCUGCCAAGCUCUAGAGAAGUUGAGUGAAAUGGAACAACUGAGAAAGCAAUUAGAAGCUAGUGAGUCUAGAAUUGAAGCUGAGGUAAUGGACAAGCUGACAGUAACUCAGAAACUUCAUGAGCAGGAGGAAGCGAUGAAGGCCAUAAUGCAAGAACGAGAUAAUUUGAAGGACAUUGUGGGUUGUCUCCAAAUAGAGAAGGAUCUCAUCAAGGAAAAGAUUGAAGCGGAUGUAGCUCAGAAGCUUCAUAAUCAUGAAGGAGCAAUGGAAGUCUUAAUCCAGGAACGAGAUGAUUUGAGGAGGAAGCUGGAUGUUCUCCAAAAACAGGGGAAGCUUGCCAAAGAAGAGGCUGAAACAGAGGUGCUUCAUGAGCAUGAAGAAGCAGUGAGAGCCUUGACCCAGGAGCGAGAUUACCUGAAGGACAAAUUGGAUGCUCUCCAAGUGGAGAGGGAUCUCAUCAAGGAAGAGAUGCAAGCAGCGAAAUCAAUGGUAAAAUAUUAUUAGUUUUUAUUAAGUUCAUUUUUCUUUUUUACUGUUUACAGUUUAUUGAUCUUUGUAAAAUUGCGAAAGUGUAUCUGCCAACCAACCUUUCCUUCCCAAUGUUUUGGUCCUUUUUAUAGCUUGCACUUUCAUAAUUGUGCUGGUCUUUUAAUGGAAGGGGAAAGUAAGCCAGAAAUCUUUACCAGUUGGAUAUCCUACCAUCGCAAGUUAAUUACAGUUCUAGGAAUCGAGAGCAGAUUUUCAUAGACCAAAUAAUGUGCACAGACUGGGGAAAUGUUGUGCAUGCCCAUGUGAAGCCAGGAGCCUGUUCAGAUGCAUGUUUGUCUCCAGAAUAUUACCAGGAUGAAAUGGGGAAUGGGCCUAGAGGUUGUGCGCACACCCUCUCAACUCACUGUAGAGGAAAGGUAAUUCUUAUAUCACACCAUGGUGAGAGUAAAAAAGCUUGAGGCUAGGAGUGAACAGGCCCUGAAGCCAUAAGGGUUGUAUGGUUAGUCAGAAAUGAGACUGAUCUUGAAAAGUGACAGGGUUCUGAAACUAACGGUUAAUUUUGAACCCAUGAAAGCUUUCUCUUAAGCAGCAAGACGACGAGAGAGCUCUAGAGGAGCUACUCGGACUGAAAGAAGAGCUCUGCGAAGCCAAGCAGAAACAGAGUGUGAUGAAGCAGCUGGACGCAGAUCUUAAGGCCAGAGAAUCUGAACUUGAGGCUGAAAAGAUGGAGAAGUUGGAAAUGGCGCAAAGGCUUCACAGCAGCGAAGAAGAGAAAAAAUCCCUAAUCCAGGCGAUGGAUGCCCUGAAGCAGAAGUGGGAAGCUUUCCAAACUGAGAGUGAGUCACUCCAGAGACUUCUGGAAGCAAGUACUUCAAUGGUAAGUAGCUGUGGGCCACAAAAUGGCGGAAGGAGCAGUUUGCUUCCUUUAGCUAGCUGGCCUAUUCCACCCCUACCACCUUAGAAAGCAAGUUUGAUUCUGGCAAAGUAACAGCUGGUGGAGUGGAAAUGGAGCUGGUGGUCUAAAGCUGGCCUUAAAUAUGGGAAGAGGAGGACUUGUAAGCUAUUGAGGGAAGGCUUCUGCUUCAAAUCUAGUGGCAGGGGAUGGGUCUUCUUGCUCCAACAUAUAGUGUCCCUGGCAGCAGGCAACUUGGAGAAGGGUUUGGGCAUUAGGGAAAGGGAGCUCCAGGUUCCAUCAUUCUAGGUAAACUCUUCAUAAAACUAAGAAAGCAGAACUUGCUUGAUGAGUGUUUCUUUAUAUAAAACCUGACUCAGGUCCAACAGCUAGAAGAAAAGAAUCUUGACCUGAGGCAACUGCUUGAGUCGAGGGAAGAGCAGAGUCGGACGGCUGCUGAACGUCUGAAUGAGAUGGAGCAACUGAAGUCCAAGACAGAAGCCACAGAGAAGGAGAAAGCAGAAUUGCUUCAGAAGCUUCACAGCGCCGUGCAGGACUUCAGAACUGUAAAUCGGGAAAAAGAGGAUUUGAAAACCGCAGUAGAUGCUCUUCAAACUGAGAAGGAUAACAUGAUCCGGACCAUCCACCGCCUUGGCGAGAGCGUAGAGAAGAUGGUUGCAAAUGUAAGAGGCCAUUUUUAACACCUUCAGACCAACAGCAGUGAAUGAGAUUCAGUCAGUGGACUGGAUCCAUGUCUUCCACACACUGCAUGUGGCAUAUUUGAUGGGGGGGGGUGCCCAGCUGUCAGUUGCCUGACAUCAACCAGUUGACCUAUUUUCUCCCCGCACAGUUUGAAAUCAAACUGGAUGGGCAAAUCAGCAGUGCCUGCAAACCCUUUCAGCCUACCUGUAUCUACCUGCUGCACACCUGGCAUGUGUAUGAUGUCAGGUGGAAGACAGGUGGGCACUGUGUGGCUGAAACUGUCUCAUGGUCCAGAUGGGAAGGCCUGCCAGACCUAAUGAGGCCCCUGGUCUGGAGGUUCCCACCCCUUUAAGAGAGCGACCUUUCUGAUAUUGUAGAAAAACCAUGAGCACAAACGACUAUUGGUGGCUUAACAGUGGCUGUUCCGUCUUUAAAGAAUCUGAAGCUGCAAGAACAACUCGAGCUUAGCAUUAGCCAUAAGGAAGGAACUAUUGGAAUGGCAGAGGAACCAGAAGGAAGAAAUUUAGAUGAGAAUUCUCGGGCCUCAGAACUCCAGGAGAUACUGGACCAGACAACUAAUCAACAAAAGAGAGAAGUAAGAAAAUGCUUCCUAUUUUUUUAAUAACACUUGAGUAUUCAAAAUGGGCCACCUUCCUUCUCAUUAAUUCUUACUUAAAAAUAAAAGCUCACAGUAGGAGGCUUAUUCAUUGUGAGAGAAGGGGCCAUUUAUAACUGACUUUGAACUUCAGUGCUUGGGAGCUUAAAAAAAACAGAAUAAGAUGACAUCUAUCAGAAAUACGUGGGAUAUUAUUGUGGGAUCUUUCCCGUAUUGAUGGCAGUUAAGCUAUUAUUUCUUAAAACAUUUUAACCUGCUGUUCAGCCAAAAGCCUGGAGCAGAUAAUGAAUGAUCCAUAUGAAUAAUAUUGCAUUGCAGGCCUUACUUGAAUCUCAAUCUCUAUAUACUUAACAGGCUGAGUGCUGCCGAAAAGCUGAAGCUGCCCUGAAAGCAUCUAAGGAGCAAAUCCAAGAACUGCUCCUAGAGUUGAAUACACUGAAAGAAAAGCAAACACAUUGUGCUGCUGCUAAUCUUGCCUUGGAAGAAGAAAACUAUAAGCUGGGGGAUAAAUUAAAAGCAACAGAAGAACAACAGAAGGUGUGCUUUCAUUUAUAUUACUCUGGUUUUUCUCAGGACUGUGAGAGGACACACUGAUGCAAAUCUUUUGAGGAUUUGCUUAAUGUGACUUUCACUGGGGUUGGCUCUUGUGUGAAAGAAGCUAAUCCCGUUAAACGUAGUGAUGGGUGCCAGGCCCAGAUGUUGUAGAGGGGGGGUGACUGCUGCAGCCCAGCAUCACCUCCCUUGAAGUCUACCAAAUGCAAAAACCACCUCAUUGUUUUCUUUGCCCGACUUUGUUUUUGUUUGCUUCUGAUUGAGAAAGUGGGCAAACUGGAUGCUGUGUUCUCAUGCAUACUCUGGUGGGGCAAACAGAGGAAAUAUGUGACUCGUGUGUGAGGCUGGGGGUACAAAUAGUGGGUGGGUGUGUCCCCCCUACCCCGAUCACCUGUAUUGUUGUUAGGUUAUCCUUCCUUUUUAAAAGCCCAACAUUCUGAGAAAUAUUUUGAGUUGCCAUGAACAAGGCUCAGUCGGUUAGAACGUGGUGCUGGCAGUGCCACGGUUUGAGGUUCGAUCCCAGUGUAAGGGACAGUAAGGGCAUAUUCCUACAUUGUAGGGGGUUGGACUAGAAUGAUUCUUGGGGUCCCACUCCCUUCCAAUUCUAUGAGAUCUAUGAAAUACCUUUCAUAUCAGGGGUUGGGAGCCUCUGGCCUAUGAACCAAAUGUGGCCAACCAGGACUUCACAUGUGGUGCACAAGGCCAUUUUGGGGAACCUCAGCCCACCUGCCUUACAUCAUACAUUCAGGGGAUACCACUUUUCGCUCCUAAUGCUGUUCUCUGAAAACUGGAGGUUUACAGAACAAUGUGGGGCUGUUACAAAGCCUUUUCCCAAACAAAGACCCUCACUAAGUCUCUGCUUGAAAGAGGUUUCAGGAGCAGCAGGGAGGUUUUUUGAGGAAAGGGCUUUCAAACAACCUCAUGCUGCUGCUGCUGCUGCUGCUUCAUUGCAAGUUGAAGUGCUUAACGCAAUACAGUGGUACCUCGGGUUACAAACGCUUCAGGUUACAUAUGCUUCAGGUUACAGACUCCGCUAACCCAGAAAUAUUACCUCAGGUUAAGAACUUUGCUUCAGGAUGAGAACAGAAAUUAUGCUCUGGUGGCAGCGGGAGGCCCCAUUAGCUAAAGUGGUGCUUCAGGUUAAGAACAGUUUCAGGUUAAGAGCGGACCUCCGGAACGAAUUAAGUACUUAACCCAAGGUACCGCUGUACUGAAGAAACUACAACUAAGAAGCAGUGCGGGGAUGCAUUCAAAGGGCUGUUUGAAAGUUCUUUGCUGUGCUUUGAAGUCCCAAAGAUCAGGACUUCAAUGCAUAACAUCACCCGACAUCACAGUGGCAUUAGGUCAGAUCUUCCCCACCUCUGUUCUAGGCAACUCUGUUCAAUGGCAUUUUCAGUUGUCAUCAGUGAUGCCUCCAACUGCUAUUCCUCUCUAACUAGAGUCUGAAGCUGAAAAUCCAGGAGCUGGAAAAUGCCAUGAGUGAAAUGAGAAGAAAUUUCCAGGAAAGGGAAAAGGCUGCCCAGUUGGCAAUGGAGCUGAAAGUGCGAGCGGCCAAGAAUGAUGCGGUCCGUCUUGGGGCUGUAUUAAAGGAGAAGGAGAACAGCCUAAGAAGUGCACUUGCAGAGCAAGAAACUCUCAAGGUAUGCACUGACUUCCUAAGAGAGCCAUUUCCUGUUUUCAUGCUUUCUAUUACAGAUGGAAGUGCAGCUUCUCCAAAGAACCUAAUACUGGUUUACGUUCAUUACAACAUUUUAUGUUCCCUCCACUCACCUUUCUCCCGAUCUGCUCCAGGCAGCAUGCAUGUCUUCCUCCACCUCCAUUUUAUCCUCAUGCUGUUAGGUUCACUGAUAGUAAGUGGCCCAAGGUGACCCAGUGAGCUUCAUGGCUAAGUGGGGGUUUGAACCUGGUCCAAAGCCAGCACUCAAACCCCAGGCAUUGGAAACCUCUGCCCCGCAGGCCAGAUUAGACCCAGCAGGGGUCCCAGUUUGGUUCACGAGGCUGUCUUUCCCCAAUGUAUUGCCACCUGCCCCACACCCAAUGUCAUAUGUGAUGCUGGAUGUGGGGACAGAUAGACGCAACUGGAAAGGACUAGCCAGAAGCUCAAAGUGGGUUCCUGAGCCCUACUGGGAUCAGCUGCACCCAGGAAUAAUAAUAAUAAUAAUAAUAAUAAUAAUAAUAAUAAUAAAUUUGACCAAACUGCGGGAGGCAGUGGAAGACAGGAGUGCUUGGCGUGCUCUGGUCCAUGGGGUCACGAAGAGUCUGACACGACUAAACAACAACAACAAUAAUAAAUGUAUUAUUUGUACUCCACCCAUCUGGCUGAGUUUCCCCAACCACUCUGGGCGGCUCCCAAAAUAAUAAUAACAAUAAUAAUAUAAAUAAAUAAAUACAGUGGUACCUCGGCUUACAUACGCUUCAGGUUACAUACGCUUCAGGUUACAGACUCCGCUAACCCAGAAAUAGUACCUCGGGUUAAUAACUUUGCUUCAAGAUGAGAACAGAAAUUGUGCUCCGGCGGUGCAGCGGCAGCAGGAGGCCUCAUUAGCUAAAGUGGUGCUUCAGGUUAAGCACAGUUUCAGGUUAAGAAUGGACCUCCGGAACGAAUUAAGUACUUAACCCGAGGUAACACUGUAAAUAAUUUAAUCGAUCAAACAUUAAAAACUUCCCUAAACAGGGCUGUCUUCAGAUGUCUUCUAAAAGUCAGAUAGUUGCUUAUUUUCUUAACAUCUGAUGCGACGGUGUUCCACAGGGCAGGCGCCACUACCCAGGAGGCCCUCUGCCUGGUUCUCUGUAGCUUCACUUCUUGCAGUGAGGGAACUGCCAGAAGGCCCUCAGAGCUGGACCUCAGUGUCCGGACUGAACGAUGGGGGUAGAGACGCUCCUUCAGGUGUACUGAGCCGAGGCUGUUUAGGACUUUAAAGGACAACACUUGGAAUUAUGCUCAGAAACGUACUGGGAGCCAAUGUAGGUCUUUCAAGACCGGUGUUAUAUGGUCGGCGGCUGCUCCCAGUCACCAGUCUAGCUGCCGCAUUGUGGAUUAGUUGUAGUUUCCGGGUCACCUUCAAAGGUAGCCCCAAGUAGAACGCAUUGCAGUAGUCUAAGCAGGAGUUAACUAGAACAUGUACCACUCUGGCUUUGUCCAAUUGCAGCCAUGGUUUUGAAUUCAUUUUUGCUUUGUAGACAGUGUUUUUCAUAACAACCAUCAGGUGGUUGACAAGUAGGUGGCCUUGUGCAUCCAACAGAGCAGCUUCCCACACCUGCUCUAACCAUGAAUCAACACUGGCUUUUCAUAAAUCCAUGCGAAACACAAGAAUGUAUUGUACCUUGUAUAUGCUGACAGAUAUGGUGCCUUUAGCCAAUGCACUAGAGCCCAAGUGUGAGGCUGUAUAAGUUUACUUAAAUGAAUAAUUCUUAAUCUUGGCUAGUAGGAGGAAGUUGCUGCUGCUACUGUACAAUUCUGGUAGCCUGUUCUCAUCUGGCAUUUAAACUGUUGAUUAUUUUUAACUAUUGUCUGUAGCUUUCGAGAAGAACCUGCUUGCCAAGGGUGCAUAGCAACUCUUCCCCCUCCUGCUUAGACGUCUUCUUGCCUCCCUCUUAAUUUUAGGCCAAACUUAAUGAAGGUGCUGAAUCAAACAAGGACGAAAUCGAGGACCUCAAAACUCAGCUUGCUAAAGCAGACAUGGCAAGAAUGAAGCAGAGCAAAUAUUUUGAUCAAGAGUAAGUCCUGUUUUACUUAGCUGGCUUUUCUUUCGAAGCCCCUGAGUAAUAGUCUGGAGAUCCAACUUCCCUGGAAAUUGUUAGCCUUACAGGAUUGGGGAUUAGAUUUCUGGGGCUUAAGCUGGACUCCACUGGCUCCUUAACUCAGGGGAGCCUAGUUGACAGCAUUGGUCCCUAAGCAGGUGGUCCUCUUGUCUGUUCUUUAAGGGGCAGAUGGAACUGAUGGGGAGGAGGUGCCCCAUCUAGCUGGUGAGAGCAGCAGUGAGUGGAGGUAGCAGUUACUGCUGUCUGAUUCUUCUCUUCCUCAAAAGCCAAUUGGAAAGGAUGGCCUCUGACAAAAGUAGGCUUUGGCCUCUGAAAACAUAUGUCAGAAAAGUUAGUAUUUAAAGUUUGAUGAAGCACAGCUUGGCUCUUCGUUGACUCCAGCUUUAUGUCAAUAAAUUUCCCACAGUGGGAAACGGGAAGAGAGGCCUUUGCUUCCAAUCCAACUGGGCUUUUCAUAGGUACUUAACAACACUUUUGCAGAGCAACCCUAUGCAUACCUAUUUGGAAGGAAGCCCCAGAGUGUUAAAUGGAGCUUGCUCCCAGGUAUAGUUAUGGCUUUGGGGUGGGGGAGGGAUUGCAGCCUUGAUUUCUUUUUCUUUUUUAUAAACAAAAUGAAGAAUCACGUUAUUGUUCUUAUUCCAGAAUGGCUAAUGCAAAAGCUCUUGCGGAGCACAGAGAGGAGCAGUUGAGAAAACUCAAGGAAGAACUUCGCAGAGUGCAACAAGAGCAGGAUGUGACUGGUAAGCAGAUAUCAAUCGAGCAAAGUCAUAUUCUGACUGUAUCAAUUGUCUUUUUAAGGUGUAGAUCAGGAGGUGGAACUUCAGGCCUGGGGAUCAAAUGUGGCCCUCUAGGCCUCUCCAACUGGCCCUCAGGACACUCUCCAGGCCAUACCCAUCACUAACUUGCUCUUUGAGUGUCUUUGAACUGUGAUAAAUGCCUUUUGGUUGCAUGGAUGGAAAGAUGGGUGUGUAGCAGUCUCUGUUUGACUGUUAUGUAGCCUCCUGUACAAACCUCCAAGUCAUGCCUCUGAUCUUGCCCAUUUUUUCCACUGGCCCUUCUUGCCACUGGGGUGCAGCCUCCGAAAGGUGACCACCAAGGAAAUGCGACCCCAUGCUGCAAAGAGCCAAAUGGGCAAUCGUAAAAAAGGCCUCUUAUACUAUUCUGAGUUAUGGAGGACAAUAAAUAAGAUAUGUCUAACAAGAGAAGUGAGCAUUUCAUCUCUGUAAGGCUAGUAUUCACAGAUUCCUUUGUGUCCCCAAAGUACUUACAAUUACUGUAAAACCAACUGAAAGCUAACCAGCUGAAAGCUUCCCUUGAAAUGUGACACAAUGCUUAUGUUGAUUUGAUUGCAAAAUCGGUAUUUUUUAAAUUGCAUCUUACCUUAACAAUUGUAUUAUCCAGGAUUUUAUAGAGUUCUUUAAUUUUGGAAGUUGAGAAUUCUGUGCUAAAAUGCCCAGCCUGAACCUAUAUACCUUGUAAAUUUGUAUCUUUGAUUAAUCUUCUUAUCUCUGUCUGCUGUCUUGUAAAAGAGUGUAUUCAGUGUUAAGGAUAUAUGCAUCCCCACCUUCUAGGCACCUCUGCAGACCUGGGAAACUGACACACAUAGGCAUAGCAGAGUUCUUAAAUGGUACAGUUACCAUCCAACGCAGGCAUAGGCAAACUCUGGCCCUCCAGAUGUUUGGGACUACAAUUCCCAUCAUCGCUGACCACUGGUCCUGUUAGCUAGGGAUGAUGGGAAUUGUAGUCCCAGACAUCUGGAGGACCGGACUUUGCCUAUGACUGAUCGAACCAUUCAUGUUGUUUGCUUCUGUCGGUCACUGUGAUGUUUUUAGUUUUUAACAGGCUCCUUUCAUUAACCCUCUUUUUCAGUAAUAGCACCGCACAAAGACAAUUCUCAGGUAUCACUAGCGAUUACUUGUGGCGGUGGAAGUGGAAUAGUACAAAGUACCCAGCUUCUUGUGCUGAAAUCUGAGCAUGCGAAACUGGAAAAGGAACAUGCUCAACUGAAGAAAAAACUGGAGAUUAUGUUAAAGUAAGCCCUAAGGUUUAUCUGGAAUCGUUCUUCUCCCACUAUCAGUUGCAUGCCUGUUCUUCAAAACUGUGACGCUCUUAACAGUGGCAUUUCUGUUGAGACAAAUAUGCUUGUGCAUAAGUUUGGUAGGCCACGAAUCACAGAAUCCUAAUCUACCAGCCUGCCUUGGGCUGCAAAAGCAAGCGGCCUGGUGAACCACAGUAAGUGGCUGACGUGUUGCAUACAGAUGGUGUGGACUGGUUUCUCAGAAUGCACCAUGCCUUGGCAUGGGGGUCCCCAACCUUUAUGGGCCACCAGGACACAUGUGGAUGUCUAAAGUUGUUGUGCGAACCUCAAAAUACCCACUUCACAGAGCUCACCCCAGUAUGAAAAACACCUCUGUGCUCCCACCCAAAAAAACCCAAACAACUAAUCCACAGCCUUGGUGAGCACUUGUGUGUGUCUUAGGGGGCACUAUGGUACCCACAAGUGACAAGUUGGGGGCCACAAGUGUAGCAUAUUCCAUUUAGGUGUUUCUACUGUUAACGGAGAAAUCUGAGGGCUCCCUUGGACAAAAAAACCAAGGACACCAGCCAGGAAUACCAGAGCAAAACAGUGAAUUGUUACAUUUGGUAUUGUGUAGCAGAGGCCCUUUGAAUAGAUAGGAAGAAACUCUGAUGAAGUGUUUUGUGGGGACAAGUCACAAAAGUGAUUGUGCUGAUUUUGGUAGUGCAUGAUAUCUGCUGGAGGGGCAACCCCCCCCCCCCUAUACAUUAAUUCCUGCAACACUACCUAGGACACCACUUUUACCAUGAAUUUAGGAUAGCUUUUUUUUUCCUUUUACAAAUCUGCACUCGGCCACAAAGCUCAGUCGUGACCUCUUGACCCAAGCUAUGUCCCAGAUCUGUUGUGAGUAGGGAAAGGGGUGUGGGAGAAGAGUCAUGCCUGCUGCCUUGUGUUCCUUGGAGUUGAAAGGCAAGCUACACAAUACAAAACCAAUCAAUACCAUUGAAUACAUUUGUCUAUUCCAGUGUCAGUUCACAACACGUCAAUUUGUGAGCAGGCUAAAGCCCAGUGACUUAGCUUGCAUCAUUUUGAAUGAAGGCAUGCUAGAGGUUUUUUUAAAUAGUGCUGCUGCCACUAUUCAGAAGGGGAGGAGGUGGAAACAAGUUCCAUGUUUCAGGGGGUGGGACGUUAGAAGCAGAAUCUGAUCUCUCCAGCGAGGGGGCCUGGCAGCUGGCCUCCCACUGCUAGCUCGCCUCUUUUCUCCAAAUAGGAACUAGUAGUUCAAAUCUUAGGCAGCAAUCAUAUGUCUGACAAGAGGACUGAUCUCAUCUAGGCCACUGCAGAGAGUCAUGUGCAGAAUUUCAUGCGAGGCACUAUUUAGAAUGAGAAGACUUCCAGUGGCAGCAAGCUGAAUAUCUUCAGGUAGAUCAGCCUGAGGGCCACUAACUUCUAAACACCCUUGUACAUCCCUCUACAUCCAAGCCUCUAUCAGAGUGCAAGGGCAGGCAGGCAAAAAUACUCAAGAAGGCUAUGAAGGAAGGCCAGUGUCCUGGGGAGAUCCCCAAGGGCCAGGCAGAGUGGUCUACACAGAGGGCUGCCUUUGACCCCCAGGGCUGAGGUUCCCCAUUGUUGUGCUAGAUGAAGCCAAGCCUUUCCCUCUGCUUGUAAGGGGUGGGUUUUGUAGGCUGAGAGCACAAAAAUGACUCUUCUCUUCAACGUGUCUCCUUUGUGUUCCAGAAAUGAGCUGCUCUGGAAGGAGGAAGUUAGGAAAUGGAAGGAGCGGUCCUCAAGGAGGCAGCGGUCCACAAGCGAGGAGCAACAGCUAAAAUCACCAAGGAAGACUGCUCCUCCUUCUGUGUCAGAGCAGCCAUCUUCUCCUUGUAGAGAGUGGUCCUUGAGGAGGCAGCAGCCCACAAGCGAGGAGCAACAGCUAAAAUCUCCAAGGAAGACGGUUCCUCCUUCUAUGUCGGAGCUGCCAUCUUCUCCCUGUAGAGAGCGCUCCUUGCAGCCAGCUCUGUCGCUGGACACGCCCGCUCCUGUGUUGUUGAGCUGUCCGACCUUCUUUGAUAACUCUCGCUUAGGAGAUUUUAAAGGUAGGUAAUGGCGUGAUACAGGGGUGUGCAGAAGGCAGACUGAGAUCUGCUGGGAGACCUCUGGGAGAUUUGCCGCAGAUUGGCAAGGAUUUGUGAAUUCCAGCAGCUGGACAACUGCAGUAAUGAAAUAACUGUGUCCCCACCCACUGAGGGGGGGAAAAGACUGCCGAAAUGAAGCAGGAACCACAGGAAUAACUUGUUUCUGGCACUCAGAACAAAUCCCUUUGUUUAGCAGCUGCUUGGGGCACCAUGUUCUUUCAUGCAUGUUACAAUUAGUGGAUGUUGGGGUUCUCAGAAAACACAGUGGUAUUAUUUUCUAUCAAUAUCUACCGCCCUUCAUUCUAAGAUCACAGGGUAGUUUAAAAUAACCCCUCGCCCACCGUUUUUAUUUAGAGGUGUAAAUAAGUUUAUUAUUUACAAAGGUAGAUCUCACAAGCCUGAAGUCUGUUCUCCCUUGCUGUAAUAUACUACCUGAAAAGGAAGAACCUCUAAGAAAAAUGCAAAUCCCAUGAAAAGUGCCACACUAUCAGCCAUGUAAAGUGCUCCAAGGGUGCAGGAAUAAUCAAUAAUAACUUCUGUUACUUCUCAUACACGCACUCUGGUAGGUCCAAAGUAGCUGGCAAUAGCAGUUACACCAUCUCUCGCAUUCCAGUGUUCAGUGUGCUUUUUGGCCCACAGUUCCCCAUAUGUUGCGGAGAUAAAAAUUUUAGCCAAAAUGCCACAGCAAGAAGCAGGAAAGGCUCUGCAAGGGUUUGGGAGGAGCAGGUGUGCAUAGUUAAAACUGCUUUCAUUAAAGCAAGCUGUAAGGUUCUCCCAGUACACUGAUGCGCAUCGUUGUGUUGCGCUUUGCCAUUUGCCAUUUGCCGGAGCAGUUUUGAUUCUGUUUUAAAGGCUCUGGAAUCUUGUAGCACAAUAGCUAGCAGACUUUGUUCCCUCCUUCAGUUCCUCACUCAGUCAUGCUGCUCUUCAUUGUAGUACAGCAAUUUGUUGGCACUUGAGUUCAACUUGGAAAUGUAAUACUGAGCUGGGUACAAAUCAUAUCUGCCUGUGACUCUUUAAACUGAGUCUGCAGCUGUACUAAAUUAAUAUUUCAGUGUCUGAAAUAUAGUGGGGUUGUUAUGAUUCGUAUAAAUCUCAAAUCUCACCAUCUUUUGAGAGAGGCGACUGUUGAGAAGCAUUUAAGAUCGUUUUUAGCAUAGUUGCAGUGCACUUUCUGCCCUCAUUUGCCAGCCUUGGCAGUGUAAUUCCUUAAACAUCACUCCUAGUACAGUUUUUCAUCUCCGCACCUCCAAAGCGUGCUCUCAGCUGCACAGGAGACAUGAUUUAAUUGCAGGACAUCUAACACAAAGCACACCAACAAAUUUAAAUGACACAAGUUCAGCUCAUUGCCAUUUUGAAUUAGUACGGCUUAUGAGCUUCAGUUGUCACAACGAUUAAUGGUGUGUGUUGUGGUACGCUUUAUACAAAGGCCCAGAACCCUCUACCCACAAAUGGUCAUUCUCUUCUGAACAAUUGUUUUGCCUUCUGGUUGUCUCUAAUAAUUACAGAUGUCUUGAAAACAUGUACUUGAUUGCAGCCAUUUUUAUUUAAACAGAUGUCCACUAUUCUUUUCUCCAACAGACACAAAGUCUUCAGGUGUCCCGUCCACUGACAGAGCAGUAGAGUCUACAGACAAAAAUUAUAAGCAGUGGUUUGCAGGCUCAAACAAUGACGAUGUUUCUAAAUGCAAGACACAAUAGCUGUCUUGAUAUUUUUGUGGACACAGAUUAAUAGAUUUCCAUCUUCUUUUGAUUUCAUACUUAUUUUUAAUGUGUUUUUAAAAGAAUAAAUAAAGAAUUGUUGUUU